GGGCUCCCUGAAACCGCUGCUCCUUUGGGCUCUGCUCUGUGUAAAACACAACACGGAAGGAGCAUUCCGGAGCUCCAAGGCUUCCAGCGCUGCGUGCAUUCGUCCCAACCAUUCCUUUGCCCGGUGCGCCACUGCUGCUGGCUGCGUUAGUGCCCUUGAUGGCCAAGUGGUUGGAGGAAGGCCUGGAGGGGAUGAAGGCGGCAUUGGACCAGGCGCAGUGGAUGGGCCGUUUGUCGUCUGACGGCCACCCGUCGCCCCUCAAGCAGGCCUACCUCAACCUGCGUGAAGAGGUGCCGUACCUCGACGUCGGGUGUGUGGUGGCCCUGCUGCUGCUGCUCUACUUGCUCUGGAGGCUCAUGCUCAACGCAUACAAGCAACGCCGUAAGCUGGGCGAUGCGACAAAGUGGGAGAUGGGGUGCGAAUGUGUGUGUGGGUGUGGUGUUGUGUGGUGUGGUGUGGCAUCUUCUGUCAUGUAGAGCCGAUGGUGAUCAACAUGUGCUCAGCGGAGGAGUACGAGAGGCUGGGGAGGGAGUACACCAUGAGGCAGGUCGCCCAACUCAUGAAGUCGAAAGGUGUGGACGUCAAGUGACCUGACCGACAAACACGCAAUGAGUGUGUGUGCCAUGAUUGUGUCCAUAUGUGUGUGUGUGUGUGUGUGUGUUGCAGAGUACCAGGAGCACAUGGCACGGCGCGGCACGGAUCCUGCGGGCUUCAACUGGCAGAAGCGGGCUGCAUCGGGCGGCGCGUAUGUCGAGUGAACGACACCGCUCCCCAUCGCCACGGCAUGCCAUCCCCCGGCAAGCCACCCCACUCGCCUGCUUGAAGGGCUAAGAUAGAUAGAAUCGAUGGCUGACUGACUGAUUGAUUGAUUGAUGUGUAUAGCUAGGUAGAUACUUACACACAAAUGCGUGUCGAUGGGUGGAUGGACGGGAUAGGGAGGGGGAGGGGGCACUCGCUGCCUGUCUGCCUGCCUACCUGCCUGCCCUCCAAGCUGCCUGCACAUCUGCCUGACAGCUACUCCCCUGCCUCUCUCUCUCUCUCUCUGUGUGUGUGUAUUUGUUUCUUUCUCCCCCGUGCGGUGCGUUUCUCUCAAUGUGUUCUGCUGCUGCUGCGAGUUGAGCUCCCCUCUUGCGCGUCAAUCGCCUGUGCGGUUCGCGAUGAGGUGCGUGGUAGUCAUUCGCUCACUCGCUCUCUCUCUCUCUCCCUCCCUCUCUCUGUGUCAUCCAUCCCCCUGGAUGGCCGUCUGCUUUUAUUUAAGCACUCACUAAUGGAUGGCAUGGCUGCGAUCCGAUCAUGUGUGUGUGUGCUGUGGAUGGGCGUGUGGGUUGGCGUCUUGUGCGUGUACCAUAGAGAUAAAGACAGGAGGGAGGGAGGAAGGCAACGGAUGUUUUUGCCUCAGGCAUGCCUGUCUGUCUGUCUGCAUGGCGACAGACACGACAGGACACACCAUAUGUUUCGCGAGUUGGUGAGUGAGCGAGUGGUGCAUUUGGAACUGACACAAAUGCAUGCAUGCACGGCUGGAUGGAUGGAUGGAUGGAGACAUAAACAUACGUACAAAUGCACGGCACGGAUGAAGACGCAUUGAUAUCAAUUAUUGCAAUG